UAUUUUGUGUACAUAAGGAGAUUUCUUGCGAAGACAACCAUCAUUCUAUCGAUUGGAAUCACAGCUUAUUACUUUCAAGAUGUUUAGGCAGCUUUUGUUGUUCUCCGUGUUAAUUGUCGUAAUAAACAGUAUAGCAGCUCAACUUAUAAUACCCGAAGGUAUAACAAAGGUGCAAAAAGUUUCCUCACAACAGAUCAUCAAUUUCCCGAGAAUACAGGCGCAAAAUCAAAAAUUGACUCUACGUACACCAGCGCAGAGCAAUAAAUAUAUUCUAAGGAGUCGUAAACCAACGAGAAUAAUCAACAAAAGACAACCAACUGAUGGCCAACUCAACCCAAACCCAACAACCAAGAUGUUUGCCAACAACGCACUGAAUAAGGAACAAAACCCACAAAACGUUCGUAUGUUCAAAUUGGCGCCCAAAAAUGGCGUCAACGAGAAAAUUACAGGUGGCAUGACGAUGUUUAACCUUAUUUAGUGAAUUUUAAUAUUAGUGACUAGUUUAAGUAUUUAUUGAAAUGUAGUUUAAGAAAUAAAAA